GAUGUCAACUCUAUUAGCAAACAAAUACAUUCCAAAACUUCAUUUUCGCAGGACACGUUGCCCCCUCCAUCCAUCCACAACGUAGUGGCGAGCGAGAACAUAGACGCAAGAAGGCAAACGAGCUACAAGAAUUUUCGCAUUAGAGAGUCACACAAUUAUAAAAUCGCACACAAAACUCUGAGUAGCAAAAAAAAAAAAAAAGUGAAACGUCGAAAAUUGACAAUCGAAUAAAGUGCAUAAAUGUCUGGGGCCAAAGGAUAAGCGAUGCGGCAGGAUAACACCAGCUAACUCCACCAGCAAUUCUCCCCCAAAAGGCCACAAAAUGAGUUAAACGGCAACGACAAAGGAAAAAAACAAUUCCAGGACGAAGGAAAAAAACUGGCGAGGAAGCAAAAAAAAAACAAUAGGUACACAUAGCGGAAUAAUACAUUUCGGCCAGGCUCUCGAAGAAGAAGAGGAAGCAGCGUAAGGAUACGCAGAGGGCCAUAGGGGGUAGGCAAGCGAAAAACGACAACGACAGCGGCGCGGGCAGCAGCAGCGCAGUAAUACUCGUAACACACUGAAAAAUCCACAAGGAUAAUUUUUUGUUUGCCCAUAAAGGAAAAGGACGACUUUCUCAUAAAAGGCAAAAAAGGAAAUAUAGAACAGUGAAGCGAAGCAAACACGACCAAGUCUUAGAAGUUCUAAAAGUCAAUUAAUCAAUUAAAAUAGUUGUAGAUAUUAACGCGUGUGUCUUUGUAUGUGUGCGAGUGCGUGUGUGUGUGUUUUUUUUUUAUGAUAGAAAUAAUUGCAAAAAUCCUUCCGAACAAACUUCCUACACCCACUGCCCCUGCAAACCCUACUCACAAAAUGAUUCAACGAUGUUUGCGUCCUUAGGCUAAAACAAGAAACUGGAAUUUUGAAAGGCCACCCCAGCAAACAACCGAAAAAAUCGCAAUGCAACGCUCCUUGCCCUCCAAUAUACAAAAGGGUGAUUAUGGCCAAAGCACCAAAGACAUAGUGUAACACGUCAAAGGCAACUCAAGCAAAACACACACAGAGCGGGAGUCAAGGAUUAGGAGUCAGUAACAUUUGAACACUCUGCCAGUCAGUCAGUAAGCCAGUCAGCCAGCCAGCCAGCCAGCCAGCCAUCCAGCAAUUCAAGCAUUGAGGAGACAAAUCCUCUAGGCUUGCAACAGCAUCACGGAUACAGCGAUUAAAAUAAACGAAAUCCCGGCACUCCCUGCCCACCCCCACACUCUGCCGAAGUAUUAAACGAAACUCAUAAUUUUUUUUUAUCCAAAGUUAAACUUUGGAUUUAAAAAAAACACAACAAAGGCUAAUGAAUGCAACACUGCGUUUAUAUCCAAUGGCGCUAAGACGAUAUCUAGUAUGUGUUAGCAUACUAACAUGGCUAUCGUUGCUAACAAUUACCCAGUCUGUAAGAAUAACAAACCUUAAGGUGCCUCAUACCUACACACUGGAACGGCACACGGAGCCGGAGCCCUUAGUGCUGGACUGUGAAUAUGAAUUGGGGCCACGUGAGAAGGGGUUUGUGCUCAAAUGGCUGUUCAACAAUCAUUCGAUAUAUCAAUGGAUACCCUCCGUAAAGGGAUUUGCUAUGGGUAUCAUGAAAUCGAAAAUAAAUACGGAAAUUUUCACACUAGAAGGCAGUCCGGGUGUGAUAUCAAUACGUAGGCCAGAUUGGAAUAUGACCGGAGAAUACACGUGUUUUGUGCAAACAUUCGAGUCAACAGAUAAACGAAGUAGCCGUCUUCAAAUAAUUGUUCCUGAAUCGGACUUUUUACUAGAAACCAAAAUGGAUGGGGCACGGGAGAAUGUUGAAGUAAUGUGUGCCGUUCAAAAUGUAUUCCCCCAACCGGUGCUAUCUGUAAAAUUUGAUACGAAAAUAUUGGAUUCGGUCUUAACGCAAAUGGAUCAGAAUGCAAGUGGCCUAUAUAGUAUGACAGUUAGAACGCGUAUACCUAGAGAUAAAUUUGAAUCACCCACACCGAUAACAUGUGCAUUUUACCUGCUUGGUACUAAUUAUACUAAAAGACGGGAAACUAUUUUCUAUGAUAAAGCAACAAAUAUACAACGUAAAUGGACAACAGUCGCUGUAGUCAUGUCGAUCGCGUCUUUAGCUUUAAGCAGUUAGUUUGGAUAAUUGUAAUGAUAUUUAAAACAAAUUAAAAACAAACAAAACUGAUAAAAAAAAAAGAAACAACCAACCAACUGAAAAGUAAAAACCAAAAAAGUAUAUUUGUGUUCGUAUAGGAUAUUUCUAUUUAGAAUUUUAAAUGAAGGAAACAAAACCACACAACAAGAAGAAAAACCA